UAUUAUGCUGGAUGAUAUUGUCAUCGGUCACUAUAACGCAGAUGAGAGAAGUUUUAUCCCGGUGACGGUGCAAGAAUCCGUUAAUGUCACGGAGCAAAUUACUAUAUCAACAGUCUUUAAAGGCAUACACGAGGACAUGAAAACCAAAGCAUACUACUUAAUUGAUUACCUAAAUUAUACAAGAGGCCUUCACGUGCAGCAGAGGCUGGUUGGAUGUGAACUUCUCCGUGAUGAGCCUGGCCGAAUGAUGACGCUGGAGGCCUUUAAUGGCGAGAGUGGCUUUGAACGACGCUAUAACGUUCAAGGAGACCAGCACACUGACUGGAAAUGGCCUGUCAUAAAGAGUAGGGCACAGCUGGAGUACGACGCGUGGCUCUAUGCCCACUUUUACCGCCCCUUGUGCAUUAGCCAGCUUAGGACAUAUCUAAAAAAGGAGCAGAAGCGUGUGAUGGCAAAAGAUGGCCAGCCAGUUAAUGAAGAGAGGAUCACAGGAGGUGAACUGCUGCCCAACCCUGAUGGAACCUAUCAGAUGAGGAAGAGUGUGGAACUCGGCGCCGAAGAACAAAGAGAAAGACACACCUACACUUGUACUGUAACUCACCUUAGCCUGGAUAACAAGCUUGACAUAAGUAUAGAACCUGGUCCUGAUCCUGUUAUUGUAGUUCCCUCUGUACUUCUAUUGCUGUGUGUUUUUGGAUUUCUGGCUGCCUUUAAAAUAUGGAGGAAGAGAUAUUCACAGCCUGAGCAGAUCAUCUACAUACCUACCUCAGCAGCUGAUGACCAAACAACAGAACAACAGCGGAUAUGACAUGUAAAGUGGCACCAAAUUAUCUGUUCACAUUUACAGACUGGAAGCAUUUUGUAAACUGACUGAACUGAAAAAACUUAAAUCAGUAUUUUUAUU